AGAUUCCCUUAGUAUUAAUAAUUAGUAGCUCUGGCAGUAAAUGAUGCAGAUUCACACGCUACCAUGCGAUUUAUUUUAUGGAAAAUGCACAGCAUGCUAUCAAAUCACUUAUUAUGAGGCACAAGAAGUGUCGACUUCACUUAAAUUAAUGCAAAAAAAUUUAACCUACUGUACUACUAUACAAGCUUAUGUGCUAUUGGUCUGCCAUUGGCCAGACCAUUUCCAUGCGUUUUUGCACCAAAUUUUUUGAAACACAGCCAAUUGGCCCACUUCACUUCCUUGCCAUUAAUUCAGAUACAAAUACUAAUAAUCACUCAAUAAAUUCGUAAGUAUUCAGC